AUAUCUUAAGUAGAACUUUGUUAUCUCCUUUCAUCGGCAGACAAACAAAACGAGGGCGUUGGUUGAGUGUAAUGAAUUUAGAAGGAACCCCAGUAAGCAAUGGAUUCCACAUGCCUGCUGAAUGGGAGCCCCAUUCCCAGACUUGGCUGGGUUGGCCUGAGCGUGGUGAUAACUGGCGAGAUAAUGCCGUGCAUGCUCAGAUUGUAUUUGCGAAGGUGGCAGCUGCAAUUUCAAAAUUUGAGCCAGUCACCGUCUGUGCUAGUGCUGCUCAGUGGGACAAUGCACGCAGACAGUUACCACAUAAUGUCAGGGUCAUCGAAAUGAGCAUGAAUGAUUCUUGGUUUCGGGACACUGGGCCAACUUUUGUUGUGAACAAGAGCAAAUCAGGACCAGGUAGUACAAAAGAUAAAGUUGCUGGCAUCGAUUGGAACUUUAACAGCUGGGGUGGUGCUGAGGAUGGUUGCUACACUGAUUGGAGUCUCGACCUUCUUGUUGCUAAAAAGAUACUCUCUGUUGAAAGGCUUCCUAGGUUUCCUCAAUCUAUUAUUCUUGAAGGCGGUAGCAUCCAUGUUGAUGGAGAAGGAACUUGUCUUACUACUGAAGAGUGCCUCUUGAAUAAAAACAGGAAUCCACACCUUACUAAAGUACAGAUUGAGGAUGAACUUAAAGCAUAUUUGGGUGUCAAGAAGAUUAUAUGGUUGCCUCGUGGAUUAUUUGGUGAUGAUGAUACUAAUGGUCAUGUGGACAAUAUGUGCUGCUUUGUUAAACCUGGUGUGGUUUUGUUAUCAUGGACUGAUGACAAAUUAGAUCCGCAUUAUGAGAGAGGUGCCGAAGCCUUGUCUGUUCUUUCCAACUCUACAGAUGCUAAUGGUAGACAAUUUCAUAUCAUUAAACUCCACAUUCCUGGACCACUUUACAUGACUCAGGAGGAAGCUGACGGAGUUAUUCAGGAUGGGGAUGCUAAACCUAGACUGGCAGGUACAAGGCUUGCUGCUACCUAUGUAAACUUCUACAUUGCCAAUGGAGCUAUCAUUGCACCACAGUUUGGGGAUAAAAAGUGGGAUGAUGAAGCCGUCCGUGUCUUGUCUCGGGCAUUUCCAGAUAACGAAGUUGUAAGAAUUGAAGGUGCGAGGGAGAUUGUUCUGGGUGGCGGAAAUAUUCACUGUAUCACACAACAGCAACCUGCUUGUCCAUGAUCAUUACCAAGUCGAUUGACAUGUGGCUGACCAUGCAUCUGUGUCGACAGAGCAGCUUCUCAAUGUAUUCAGUUGCAGAAAUGUUAGUAGACAUAGAACGCCAUUUUAUUUACGGCUUUUCUUCUGUAACAAUCAUUACCACAAUUGUCAUGGUUUUAAUUGAUUUUGCAAACGUUUACCGGACUCAUCAGCCGGGAUCCUUGACAUAUUUUCUAUGUAGUAUUAAAGAAGUUUCUAGUUUCUAAA